AUGGCACCCUCUGAUGCCCAUUCCGACACGGAAGAGGACUCCAGGUCCAGGCAUGUGCCAAGAAAGCUCCAGAAACGUCCACCCAGGGAAUCAAGCACGCUUGAUGUCCCUGGUAUGCCUGAACGGCUAAGGCAUGGCGAUGAUACAGGCGAGGAAGAUUUGACUGCUGCCAGCCAGGGCCCGACCAUGUAUAUGGAUAUGAACCAGUCCAUCUUUGGCCUUAUCGCUGCUGCCGGCCACCGACUCGACUUCACCGAUCGAUUUCACCCUCAGUCGAGCGACGAGGAGGGCGACGACGAAAACGACGCCGAUCGCGAGGAUGACCACCACCCUCUCCCUGGCUCUCGCACAACUAUAUUCAAGCGCCACGCCAUGUCCCCCAAAGCCCACGACAAGACGCACCAUCGCCGGAAAAUCAGCGGACACAAGCUUCUGCGCUCCCUCCCUGCUCUGCCCCGCCUCGGCAAGUCGAGGCUAAAGAAAGAAGGAUCCAAGCUCUCGGCCGCGCCCACCUCCCCCACCGAUGAAUCGGACGACAACGCUCCCUCUGCUGAGCUUGAGGGCGACAAACGCUAUGCUCCUGUCAUGAGCCGCAUGCUCGAGGCGAGGGCCGAGAUGGCUGCCCGACCUAGUUUCGACCUCGAGAGAUUAUCUGGCGAAGUUAGUCGCGAUGCGGAGCCGGGCGAGCUCGGUAUCAGUGCUCUUGCAAGGAAGCUGAAAGACAUCUUUGAGUUUGAGGAGCCUGAAGAGAACGAGGUAGCCAAGUCUGGUUAUCUUUCCAAGAGCGGAAAGAGGAACCCUAAGUAUAACCGCUACUGGUUCCGACUUAAAGGUGAUGUCUUGUCGUACUUCGCCGACACUACCAACGUCUACUUCCCCACGGCCAGAUUGACCUACGCUACGCCAUAUCCGCACAUCGCUCCCAGCGCCAAAGAAUGGGUCAAGGCGAUGCAACGCGUUAUCUUCCGGUCCCACAACGAUGGCGACAGCGUCAAAAUCUCGUUGCCCAUCGAAAACAUCAUCGAUAUCGAGGAGAUGCAUAUGCUGGAAUUCGCGGAUACUUGCAAGAUCAGAGUUCUCGAUAACGACGAGACGUUUGUGCUUGACGAGUAUUACUUUUCCUUCUUCAAUCAUGGUACCGAAGCGAUCAAUGUCUUGAAAAUCCUAGUAGAAGACGCGGCCUCACGGCAGAAGCAUAUGCCCAAGAUUUCAGUCUUGGCUCAUAGACAAAACUCACCCAAAGAGCGACCCGAGAUGAUUGAAACCACAGUCCCACGAGAGACGGUCCGGGCAACCCUUGCCCCGCUUAGCCCUACCCACAUCAGCCCGAGGGCGAGCGGUCAAGCGUCGACCACCCCCGGAGCGGCCACGGCACCCCCUCACCGAAACUUUAGCGGCACAAGACGGUCUCUUAGUCAGAGCGGUCACGCAGACAGCAAGCCGGACUCUCCAUGGAAAAACGCCGCAUCUUCUGAAUCGUACGUCCACUCUGUGGACGAGCCAAGCGUUUCCGCUCUCGUCAUGUCGAGCAGUGACGACCCCUCCGCGAGCCAGAUCCUCAAGGGCAGCGAUGUCUUUAAGAGCCCUACUAUCCGGCGAUCAAUGUCAAGCACUAGACGCCAAGAACUCGGAGACAAAUCGGCGCCCGCCCCUGCCCCCAAUGCGCCCACGCUACAGCAAAUUGCCAAGAUGGGGACCUAUCCGCUGCAGCGAGCUGGCGCCUUUGCCAACUACCUCAAUUCCACGAGCAGGAAGAUGAGCUCUCUCCUGGCGUCGGAGUCCAUGGGCUACGUUGAAAAGGUUUCCGGGAUGUGGAAGGGAGGAAGGAAGCACUACGAGCAGCCCCAUGGGCUCAGAACCGACGACGAGGACGAGGACGACUCUCAUGACGAUGAGAAGAGCCGCGAACUGGCGAACGAGAGAUUCCGUGCUCACUUUGCUUUACCGGAGACGGAAAAACUUCAGUCUGUGUACUUUGGCCACUUAUUCCGCGUGCUACCGCUCUAUGGCAAGAUUUACAUCAGCGACCAGAACCUGUGCUUCCGCAGCCUGCUCAUCGGCACAAGGACCAAGCUCAUUCUUCCGCUGAGAGAUAUCGAGAACGUGAAUAAGGAAAAGGGCUUCACCUUUGGAUAUUCCGGUUUGGUCCUAGUGAUUCGCGGACACGAGGAGUUGUUUUUCGAGUUCAACAAGAGCGAGAUACGCGAUGACUGCACGGUGACGCUUCUCCGUGCGCUCGAGAAGACGCGAUAUCUCAAAGAUUCAGCUCAGCUGUCACUCGGCGAGGAGCGCGACGCCAAGGUCUCAAAGGCCGAACGGGACGCCCUCCAGGAGGAGAGGCACGAGAGCGAGAACCACCACGCGAUAAACGCAAUCCAAGCCGCCACAGAUGGACCACCCAUCGUCUUUGGCGACAUGAAGACGUCGCUCCUCGAUUUCAAGCCCGCAACGCCGCUCAGAAUUACCUGCUUGACCAUUGGCUCGAGAGGAGACGUGCAGCCCUAUAUCGCGCUGUGCAAGGGACUACUUGCCGAAGGCCACAAGCCGCGCAUCGCCACCCACGCCGAAUUCCAGGGCUGGAUUGAAAGCCACGGCAUCGAGUUUGCCAAGGUUGAAGGCGACCCCGGCGAGCUGAUGAGACUGUGCAUCGAGCAUGGCACUUUUACGUGGUCGUUCCUACGGGAGGCCAACUCGACAUUCCGCGGAUGGUUGGACGAGUUGCUGGCAUCGGCGUGGGUCGCGUGCGAGGGCAGCGACUUGCUCAUCGAGAGCCCUAGCGCGAUGGCUGGCAUUCACAUCGCCGAGGCGCUCGGGAUCCCGUACUUCCGGGCUUUUACCAUGCCGUGGACUCGUACCCGUGCCUACCCCCAUGCCUUUGUUAUGCCCGAAACCAAGAUGGGUGGGGCGUAUAACGUCACCAGCUACGUCCUCUUUGACAACAUCUUUUGGAAGGCGACGGCGUAUCAGGUCAACCGAUGGAGACGCAACACCCUUAAGCUUCCGAACACGAGCCUCGAAAAGCUGCAGCCGAACAAGGUUCCCUUCAUGUACAACUUUUCACCAUCGGUGGUCGCGCCCCCGAUUGACUUUUCCGACUGGAUCAGGGUCACUGGAUACUGGUUCUUGGAUGAGGGCGGUGACUACACCCCGCCCCAGGACCUUGCUGAUUUCAUCUCCAAAGCGAGAAGUGACGGCAAGAAGAUUGUAUACGUCGGCUUUGGCUCCAUUAUCGUCAAGAACCCGGCUAAGAUGACGCAGGAAGUCAUUGACGCGGUGCUCGCUGCCGACGUGCGCUGCAUCUUGUCCAAGGGCUGGUCCGAUCGCAUUACCAAGGGUGGGCCGACGGUCAUCGCCGAUGAGCCGCAGCUGCCACCGGAAAUCUUUGUGAUCAAGAGCGCGCCCCACGACUGGCUCUUCAAGCAAAUUGACGCGGCCGCGCACCACGGAGGGUCGGGAACCACGGGAGCCAGCCUGCGCGCGGGCAUUCCCACUAUCAUCCGGCCAUUCUUUGGCGACCAGUUCUUCUUCGGUAGUCGCGUGGAAGAUCUCGGCGUCGGCAUCUGGCUGAGGAAGUGGGGCGCGAAUUCAUUUGGGCGAGCUCUCUGGGAAGCCACUCACAACGAGCGUAUGAUAGUCAGGGCCAAGUCUCUUGGUCAGCGGAUUCAAAAGGAGAAUGGCGUAGAGACGGCGAUCCAAUGCAUCUACCGCGAUCUAGAAUACGCCAAAUCGCUCGUGAAGAGGAAGCCUAAGCACGGCGACCAGGAGAAGGGUCUAGACGAUGAUGACGAUGACGAGGGCGAAGAGGAGAGCUGGACAUUUGUGGGGAGGGACGAGCCUGACCCGGAAGUCCUGACUCGGCGCCUAUCGGACCUCUGGCCCGGGCCAGAUAGCUAA